UUGUCUGUCCCUCUCUCUCUCUCUUUCUCAUCCAUUCCAUCUUCUCAUGUUUCUCUCCCCUUUAGAUCUCCCUCUAUUUCUAGCGUUACAACCACUCUUUCUUCUCUUCUGCCCCAAUUUCCCACUCUCCCUCAAUUAAUCACUGUUUUAUCAACAAAUUACUCUUUUCCCAGCUUUCUUUUCGUGCAUAUCUAUGAUUUUUUGACGAAAACUUUGGUCCUUCAUAUCGAACUUGUCUAUGCCAUUGCUCAACAUUCCAUCAUCAAUCAGCAGACACCCUUUACUUUCUUCUAUUCAUAUUAUCAUUUUUUUUUAUCAACAUUGGUUGGUUAGAUUCAAAAGUUUUUGAAUUUGAGUGGAAAAUAAUGGUGACGGUGAAUCUGGGAAUGCUUCAUUAUGUGUUGGAUCACGUUUAUGGAGCAUUCAUGCACCGAACUAAGAUCAGCACCCCAUUCUUCUCAAGAGGAUGGGGUGGGACAAAACUUGAGAUGCUUGAGAAGAUGAUAAAGCAAUUGUUCCCAGAAGUGGCCGGUCAUAAUUGGCCUCCAACUUUGAUUCAACCCGUUUGGAGAACCAUUUGGGAGACCAAAACGGCUUGUUUGAGAGAAGGGGUAUUCAAAACCCCCUGUGAGGAGCAGUUGCUAGGUGCAUUGCCCCCUGAGAGCCACCUUGCAAGGGUUGCAUUCCUCACGCCCAAGUCUGUGCCUCCACACAGGAUGGCCUGCGUGAUUCAUCUUGCAGGAACUGGAGACCAUGCAUUUGAGAGAAGAUUACGUCUUGGUGGACCGCUGUUGAAGGAAAACAUUGCAACCAUGGUACUUGAGAGUCCAUUUUAUGGACAAAGACGUCCUGUGCUGCAGCGUGGUGCAAAACUUUUGUGUGUUAGUGACUUGCUUUUAUUAGGAAGAGCAACCAUUGAAGAGGCACGCAGUCUCUUACACUGGUUGGACUCUGAGGCAGGUUUUGGCAAGAUGGGUGUUUGUGGACUUAGUAUGGGAGGAGUACAUGCUGCAAUGGUUGGAUCUCUUCACCCUACACCUGUUGCAACACUCCCUUUUCUAUCCCCACAUUCUGCUGUUGUGGCAUUCUGUGAGGGAAUUUUAAAGCAUGGCACUGCCUGGGAAGCACUGAGAGAGGAUCUUGCAGCCCAAAAAGUUGCAAUGACUCUCGAGGAAGUGAGAGAACGAAUGAGAAAUGUUCUGUCUCUCACAGAUGUCACACGCUUUCCAAUUCCCAAAAACCCCAAUGCUGUAAUAUUUGUUGCUGCUACUGAUGAUGGAUACAUUCCAAAACACUCUGUCCUGGAACUUCAAAAAGCGUGGCCAGGUUCUGAGGUGAGAUGGGUCACAGGUGGGCAUGUAUCAUCCUUCCUUCUCCACAAUGGUGAGUUUCGAAGAGCCAUUGUAGAUGGUCUUGAUAGAUUACCAUGGAAAGAGUCUUCGUUGUGAUAGGGUUAUUACAUAUGAAGAAGAGAUUGCUUUUACACUGUCGAUUAAUACAAUGGUCCUUUCACCUCUAAUACUAACCAAAACUUGUAACACGCAAAUUUGCUUUUGCACUGAUGAUUGUAACAU